GAAAAUAAGAAAAUAUGGAGAGGGUGCAGUUCCAGCAGGAGCAGAUGCUCGCCGAGCUCAAGGAUUUGGUGCAAAAAGGCCUCUUCUCACAGAAUGAAAUUAAACAAAUCAUGAAGAAACGAACAGCCUUCGAGACAGCCCUUGUGCGUCGUAUUCCGAAGAAGAGUGACUUCCUACGUUACGCCGCAUACGAGAUGAACCUCGAAGCUCUGCGAAAGAAACGAGCAGAACGUCUCCACGUGCCAAAAGGACCUCCCACAAUUUCGGAUUAUGCUCUUAUACGACGACAGUUCCAAGUCUUCGAACGUGCAUUAAAGAAGUUUAAAGAUGACCUUGGUCUAUGGAUCCAAUACAUUCAAGCAGCGCAGCGCGCAAAAGCUCGAGCACUUGUUUCACGUAUCUGUGGUCGUGCUCUUCAGCUACAUCCGAAUUCUCCUGCACUCUACAUUCUCGCGGCCUCGCACGAACUCAACCAUCUCUCGCAUUCUGCAGCUCGUGUACUUUUACAACGCGGUAUUCGCUUAAACGGUGAUAGUGUUGAGUUAUGGAGGGAAUAUCUGAAGAUGGAAUUGGGAUUCGUGGAAUCGUUGAGACGGCGAUGGGAUGUGUUAGGACUGAAAGUUCAAAAGGGUAGAAGUAGCUCGGGCGAGGAUGCUUCGCAAGAAGAACUUGAAGUAGACCAUCUUCAAGAUAACCCUACAGCGAAGAGUACUAAAAAUCCAUCGUCUGAGCAAGACAUUGGUGACGACGAACAAGCUCGAAAAGAGAUUCUUAACGGUGCUCUUGUCAGGACAGUGAUAUCCAGCGCCAUCAAAGCCAUCCCAACGUCGGAGCUCUUCAACUCAACCCACUCCGUUCUCACUACCUACCCAUGUCCGCCAUCACUCCGUCGUUCCCUCCUAGAUCACUUCUACUCUUCUCUUCACGAACAAAUCCUUUCAACUACGAACAUCACAAGUCCUUCAAAGACUUCAAAAUCGAACCGUAAAGCAUACGCACAAGCCGCAAGGCUUUACGCAAGUCGCAACUUAGAAAAACCCGAUUUAGAGGGAGAAGCUAUCGUCGAUGCUUUGCAAAUCGCGAACGAAGACCUCAUGGGACGAGUAAGAUUACGCAAGGACGACGAAAUAGCUACCGUAUACACUGAAUUCACCUGCGAGUGGUUCGAAAAGGAUAUUGACGAACAUUUGAACUUGUACCUCGUGGCGUCGCUCCAAUCCCUUUGCUUGUCAGUCCGAUCAUCCACACUCUACGCAACGCACCUUCACCUUCUAUUCUCUCCGAAAAAUCCAAAUCCCAUAUCGUCAGCAAAAGUGCUUAAACUGGCUAGGAAAUAUGCAGCAAAAUAUCAUCAUUCGACAUCACGCUCGGCUAUUGGUAUAGACGAGGAUGCUGCGAAUGAGUUUAAUCAGAGAUUGCGGGAGAUUGUCGAGAGACUUGAGAAGGGAGAUGAUGGUAUACAAGCAGCGACCGAGGACGAAUCCGAUUAG